AUGGUUUUGGAGGAAAAUGGAAAUGUGGUUUCCAAACGUGUAUGUGUGAUUGGGGCAGGUCCAUCAGGUUUGGUGGCAGCAAGGGAGCUGAGAAAGGAAGGCCAUGAUGUUGUUGUCCUUGAACAAAAGCCUGAUAUUGGAGGUCAAUGGCUUUAUGAUCCAAAUGUUGAAGAUGAGGACCCAUUGGGAAACCCUACACGUGCCCAAAAGGUUCAUAGCAGCAUUUAUGCAAACUUAAGGGUGUUUUCUCCAAGGGAAAUCAUGGGUUUCACUGAUUUUCCAUUUAUUCCAACAAAGGAUGGAGGUGGGGAUUCUAGGAGGUACCCUGGACAUGGUGAAGUGCUUAGGUACUUGCGAGAUUUUUGUGAACGGUUUGGAAUAAGGGAUAUGAUUAGGUUUAAUAGUAAGGUGGAAUAUGUUGGAAUGGUGAACUAUACAGAAAGCGGUGAUGUUGUUGUUCAUGAGGAUUUGAAAUGGAUUGUGAGAAGUGCAAUUGAGGAGAAGCAAGGUGUCCACAACAAGGUUGAUCAGAAGGCGGCCGCGCCGGUGGUGGCAGAAGAAGUCUUUGACGCCGUGGUUGUUGCCUCCGGCCACUAUUCGCAGCCUUGGUUGCCUACCAUCAAAGGCAUGGAUGUAUGGAAAAGGAAGCAAAUGCACAGCCACGUGUACAGAGUCCCACACCCAUUUAAGAAUGAGGUGGUGGUGAUUGUUGGAAAUUCAUUAAGUGGACAAGAUAUUUCAAUGGCUCUAACUAGUGUGGCAAAGGAGAUACAUUUGAGCGUGAAAGAUUUAAAUGUUACGGAAGGCCUGUCCAAACUCAUUUCCAAACAUGAGAAUCUUUACCUUCAUCCUGUGGUAGAAUCGAUGCAUGAGGAUGGCCGAGUUUCAUUUAUUGAUGGUGGUUCGAUUAUUGCUGACACUAUAAUAUAUGCUACAGGGUAA